ACGCUACCAACGUUCGUCGGCUCAAUAGGAUACGGGGAUUCCUGUAGUGAGGUCAAAUCUUGAUAGAAUUUUAGAGUUUAGUCCCGCUGCGUGUGUCGUAUUGUAAACACCAUACUGCUGUGGCUCCUCACAGCGCGCUUCGAAGUGAGUUGUUUCAAGAGUUUUAACGGAGGACUACUGCCGUCGCUCCUGCAGCAGGAUUCUGCGGCGCUAGUGGUGAUCACACAGCGUGAAGGAGGCAAUUCCUCAGGUUUCGUGAAGGAUUUUCAGGUGUCGCGUGCGGUCGCGAGUCGUACGUCUGUGUCCGGUCGUGAUAAUGAGAAUCGGUGGGUUUUAAGGUGAAAUGUAUCAGUGACAGUGGAAGGAGUCGAAGAACAUAAUCGGGGCCAACACAGCGCAUGAAAAUAGUAUAGUACUUAUAAAGUGACGACAACAGUGAGAAAAUUACGUGUUAACGUAAUAGUGACAAGUUACUAUUAGAGAAGAAGUGUGGUGUAAGAAAUUCGGGUUUCGAGAUGAUGAUGAAUGCAUUUAUGGACUCCAGUUCAACGGCACAUCACACUCAUUUGGCAACGUUCGGGAUUAAGAUGUCUCCAGAUCAUCUGGAGCACAGUGACAUUGAAUCCACUAGUACCGGGAGCAUGCUGCCACCAUCCACUGGAAGUUCCAACGCGCAAAGUGACAUGCUGUCAUCACAGUCCUUCUAUCAAUCAUCAGCCAACGCGAGCAGUGCGUAUAACUCGCAUCAUUUAUCACCGCCUUCGCAUAUGAGUCACAUGGCUUCUUAUCACUCGAGGGAUUUCCUCGCGCUGAAGCGUGACAAUGAUUACUUUAGUUCCUCGGCCAGCGCCUCUGCCGACCCAACCUCUUUAUUCCACCAUCCUGCCGUUCAUGACAACUUGAAUCACCACUCAAGUACAUUGAGUAAUCAUCACUUUCAUCAGCACUCGAUGCGAAUGGGUCUUUCGGCUGAUUAUGCGCAUCCUUACCAUCAAAGUAACUACCCGACGGUUCAUCACCAGCAUCUAGCCAAUCUUCCCGUAAAUCCGGGAACAUCAGGCGCAUUCUUCCGAUACAUGCGUCAUCCACCUUCGAUCAAGCAAGAGAUGCAAUGCCUGUGGGUGGAACCAGAUCAUCCACCGCACCAUCUAGGAUUAGGGCUGACUGCACUCAGCGCCGCAGCCGUAGUGGCCGCAUCCGACGGCAGCCGGAAGACUUGCAACCGAGUGUUUCAAUCGAUGCAUGAUAUCGUUUCGCAUCUUACGGUAGAUCACGUCGGUGGACCGGAGUGUACGACCCACGCCUGCUUUUGGCUCGGGUGCACCCGCAACGGACGGCCUUUCAAGGCCAAGUACAAGCUGGUCAACCACAUCCGAGUGCACACCGGAGAGAAACCGUUCCCGUGCCCGUUUCCUGCCUGCGGCAAAGUGUUUGCCCGAUCGGAGAAUCUCAAGAUUCACAAGCGCACUCACACCGGUGAAAAGCCGUUCAAAUGCGAGCACGAAGGCUGCGAUAGACGAUUUGCUAAUUCAUCAGAUAGGAAGAAACAUUCACACGUUCAUACAUCUGAUAAGCCGUAUAACUGUCGUGUUAAUGGUUGUGAUAAAUCUUACACUCAUCCAUCAUCGCUGAGGAAACACAUGAAGGUCCACGGAAGUUUAGGAGAGAAGUCUCCUUCGCACAACUACGACAGUGACGGCGAGGAAUCGAGCUCGGAUAGCAUCAUAACAGGAGGAACGCAGACCCCGCCGUCGAUCAGCCGGUUGCACGACAGCCAUAGCUCAAGCAAGCUGGGCAGUGAAUCGAUCAAUAACAAUAACAAUAGCAGCAACAAUAAUAACAACACGAAAUCACCAUCGACCAAUCAUCUGCUGUCACCGGUCGGAGGCGCCUCAACGACAUCCUCCUCAACAACUAAUAGUGCCCUCUCGCAUCUAAGCCAAAACCAACAUCACAACCUGCAUCAUCAUUCGCAUCACCAGCACUCCCACCACCAUCACCUCCAGAACCAUCCGAGUAGUCUGGGACCCCCUCAGCUGCAGCUCACUCCAGCCUCCUCCGUAUCUCCACAAGCCACGGCCACCGCCUCAUCGAUGCUCGUUGGUCAUCACAACCACCCGCUCCUCUAUCACCAUCCGCAGCACCACCCCAACGAUUGGUACUCGCCAACGCCACCUUCCGGCCCGGACUCUAUGAAUCCGUUGAACCACUUCAGUCACCACCAUCACCAUCUGGUGCAUCACGGUCCAACUACGGCCUAUUGAGAGCAACUGUUGUUCGAUGAGCUCUGUUUCAACUACUGAAACCAUGGCGGCGCCACUAGGCUCCCCGUUCUAUCCGCCAUUUUGCUUUAAUCAUGACAGUUCACAAGCCCAAAAAACCCCCGCAGAAGCUCAUUCAUCAAAUUUACUAACUUAAAACAAGGAUACGUAACUUUAAUAAGCAAAACCAAAAACCAAAUGUAGCUGUUAGAGAACCAAUAACUCAAUCAUCCACAUUUUUUAAGCAGACGAAUAAUCGGCGAACGUAAAGAGUUAAGUCACACGUUGAAGAUAGUCGUCAAUAUAGAUAGAAAUAUCUACCAUUUUGUGCCUGCUUGAACUCUCCCGCUCCCUUACACACAAACUCACCCAAUUACAACUAGAUCUGAUCAAAGCCAAAAUUUCGAGUGCGUGAAACAGAGAAGCAUCCCGUUUUCAUUUUUUCUAGGCAACAAUUAAUAUAUUGUAAGCGAUAGUGUGAAUAGCUCCCUGACAAAGAGAAAUCUAUUUCAAUGAUUAAAAAAAAUCUGUGUGAUACGGACCUUUCCAAGCAGGUCUCAAUGUUCCCCUCGGGUAUUUUCCUUCUCCUAAAACUAAACAAAAAUUGUAAAUAGACUAGCGAAAUUGCAUAAACACUGUACAGCUAAAACAAAAAGAGAGAUGAAGUUGUGUAAUUUUGACCAAGGCAUGCAAGUUGACAGGUUUCCUUCGUCGUCGUUUCCCGCGUUCGGUGGCAGUGACAGGCGAAGCAAAUGUUACUCGGUGUAGAUAUAGUUGUGAAACUCGAUCAAGGGCAAACACGCUUGGUGCAGAAAGAAAUUUUAUGAUUUUAUCGUAUAUAAUAAUGUAUUUAUUUUUCUCAUACGAUUGGUUUGGUACUUAGAAUUGAACCGAGGAUGGUAGGUCCUAGUGAUCGAAAGUAGGGCUGUAUAGAAUAUGUUAGAUUUGUGAAAUUUUAGGUUACGGAGUGGCAAAACAUGAUGGAUCAUUUUUGGUUCAACGAAUGACGUAUAUUAUAGCAUAGCAAUUCAUUUAUUAUCGGUAAUAUAAAUAUUUUAAACAAUGUAUGAAA